GGGUUAUUCGAGGUCAAAAUUACCAAGAUGGCGGCCACCAUGUGUUCUACGGCGUGAAAGAUAACAGCCAGUGCUAUUAGUAGCUUCCUUAUAAGCCGGCAAGAACAAUCAAUCAUCAAGAUGUGGAGACUACACAUGAGUACAGCCAUUCUCUGCAGACAUGUCAGUAUAACACACCGUCUGCAGAGCCUGUCCCUACAGGUCAACAAAACAACAUGUCUGAAUACUCCUGCCUGCUACCAACUAAGGUACCUGACACAUGGACAGAAAUCUGCACAGUGUACGAGAUUCUUGCAGCCAUACCAAGUGACCCAGCACUCUGCGACAUGUAGCGCCUAUAGUAGCAACAGUGGGGAUGGCAUAAUAGUAACCGUGAAGGAAAAACUCAAUCCUAAAGAGCAAGAACUGAAAUCCUUUGAGGACGAUUUCUUUGGACCAGAAAUUGACGAGACUGUACCAGAUACUGUCCAACACCCUGAACCACUCUCAGACAUAUACAACAGGAACACCAAGGUCGCCUUAAAACAGGACUUGGCGAAAGGUAUAGAAAGGAAACGUUAUGGAUACAUACAACAUACUGACAGGGUACAGGAGCCUACGCAGCAGACAAGGGGAAAGAGUAAAAGGCCAAAGAAAUCCUUAGAUGCAAGAGGAAACUUUAGAAUUGAUGAAAUCCUGGAUGAAUCGAGAACAGGCAGAAACCACCAUGGUUUUAUAGAAGGUUCAAGGUCAUCUAAGAAAAGGAAGGGAAAGUUCAGCCCUCCCCAGCAACCAGAGCAUAUGUACACUCAGUAUGGAGACAAAUACAUACCUGAUCCUGACCUGAACGUACAUGCUGAUAGGCUUCAAACAACUACAAACUUCCGACAGUCAUCAACGAGACAGGACAGACUCACAGCAGCAGUAAGAAAUAUUCACCCAUCUACUGUUGCCUCAGAUUCUGAUGUGUUUCCAACAAGAAAGGAGAAUGGAAGACAACAGCGUGCUCAACUACCUAACGAAGAAGACUCCAACGUUAACAGUACUGCUGUACCUUACAACGAUGCAGAUGACUUUGAUCCUGAUCUUGCUGGACUGGAUGAAAACUUCGGUACUGUGGCCAAAGACAGGUACAAGAGAAGAUGGUACAGGAAGGAUGCGGAUGUGGAGGAGUAUGUAGACAGUGAUGAGGAGGUGGAGAAGCGACACCAGCGCCCGCCAGGACAGGCACGACACACCUGCCAGUGGUACGGCAACAGGAUGAAGGAACUGGCAAAGGCAGGAAAGCUACCAGAGGCCAUUGACAUGCUGGAGACCAGAAUGCUGAAGGAGGACAGGGUACAGCCUAACGAGUAUGUGUACAACGUCCUGAUUGGUGCAUGUGGCAGGACUGGCUUCUCACAGAAGGCUUUUGACCUCUUCUUCAAGAUGAAGGAGCGGGGCCUUCAGCCUGGGAUGGUGACCUUCACGGCCCUGCUGAAUGCCUGUGCAGAAUCACCCUUCAAGAAGACUAAUGAGUUAGGCAACAUCAUUCGGGUCAGGCAGGAGAUGGCCAAGAGGGACAUCCAACCCAACAUGAUCACUUACAAUGCAAUGCUGAAGGCCUAUGCGAAGUGUGCUGACCUGCCUGCAGCCCUGGAGCUGUUCCAGGAGAUUGUACAGUCUGGACAGGAGGUCACAGCCAAGACCUUCAGCUUCCUGCUGUUUGCCUCCACAGAGGACAGGGAGGCUGGCUUUACUCAAACAGUAGAGGCCUGGAGGCUGAUGAAGAAAAGCCGCAUCAAACCUGACAUCUUCAUCUACAACCUGCUGCUGCGUGCAGCAAGGGACUGUGGGAUAGGGCAACAAGAGGUCGCAGAACAGAUCCUACUCGGAGAGUCGGACAUAAAGGGGAUCCCCACCCCACGUCGGAAGAAAGUCCACGUCGGACCAAAACUGAUCAAAGGAUCCAAGGGUGCCAAACAGCUCAGUCCAGGUCAAGGUUCAGAGGUCGUCUCCAAGGAGAUGUUGACGGUUGAACCUGUAGGAGUGGCUGAUCGGCAGGAGGACAGUCUAAGUCAGGCGGAUGAGUGGUGGAAGGAAGGGUCUCUUCAUGACAGAAACACAAGCAAUGAGACUGAAGUAACAGCAGUCACACGGGCACAAAGUGUUCCCAACUUGUUGGAUCUGGAGUCAGGGCUGGAGAAUGUUGUGUCUCUGGGACAGGUGCAGACCCCUGCAGACAGACUGAGUCUGUUAGGAGGAGUGACAGGUUUCCUCAGCAGUAUGGAGGCUGAUGGAGUCAAACCAAACAUUAAAACUUUCUGUCAGAUGCUGGAGAUCAUCAGACCAAACACCAGGGAAGAGGCAGACCUGAUGGCAGCCAUGGAUGAACAUGGUGUAAAACCAGACAGGGACUUCUACAACGCACUCAUCAGGAAGAGAGCCAUGAGGAGGGACAUGGAGGCAGCCAAGGCUGUUCUGCCCAUGAUGAGUGAGAGAAGACAUUCCCCAAACCUCAGGACCUACGUGAACAUGGCCAUGGCAUGUACCAGUAGUCAGGAGGGCUUCAAACUGCUCAGGGAAGUCAAGCUAGCAGGGUUUGCUCCCAAUGUCCAGUUGUUCACAGCCUUGCUGAAGGCAGCCCUGGGCUCGAGGGACUACAUCUAUGCCAAGGACCUGAUCCUGGCCAUGGAACAACAGAAUGUCGCACCUGACGAGUUACUGAUUAAGAAGCUAGAGAAGGCUGCUGAGCACUACAAGGAACCACAGAAGGGCCCAUUUCGGUCCCCCUUAAAUGUGUACUUGUCCAAAGUCCACGCCUUCCGUAGUGUGUACAAGCAGUGGUUGGAGCGCAUGCCUGCAGCACAGGAGGAACAUCCAUGGGACAAGUACAGGAACAUACCCAGUCAGGAGGGGGAUACAGCUGACAACUAGAUAUACAACUGCCUUAGGAAAUACUAUCCUUUAAUUUU